GCUGACUGGCGCACUGACCAUGGAGAGAUGCCUGGAACUGUGUCUGUCCCUGCUCCUCUGCGCACUCGCCACAGGACUGGAGUACAAAGAGCUGCGUCUGUCCAGCGGCCAACUGCCCAGUGAGGGCCGUGUCGAGGUGUACUACGAUGGAGAGUGGGGCACCGUGUGUGAUGAUGGUUGGGACCUCACUGAUGCUCACGUUGUCUGCCGCAGUCUCGGUUACCUCAACGCCACGGAGGCUGCAAUUGGAGGCGUCUUCAGACCAGGGUCAGGCCCAAUCCUGCUGGAUGAUGUAUUCUGUACUGGAACCGAGACCUCUCUCGCCGACUGCAAGACCAAAGGCUGGAAGAUCCACGACUGCCAACACUCAGAGGAUGCUGGAGUUCGAUGUGACCCCCGACAGGCGGGGGAGCUGCCAACUUAUCGCCUGGACCAGAUAUCCGAUCUGCACCAAUCCCUCAACAAGUUGUACCUGAGCCAGAAAAACUGCCAGGUGAAGAUCCUGGUGCAGACAGCGAGCAAAGGCCCUGUGAAGCUACACUUGUGUGCCCAUCGCCUCAUCCUGGGUCUGAGCAACGACGGAAACCUCAUUAGCGCGAACAGGACCAGCGGUGUCCAGAUCACAGUCAGACAAGAGUGUCUGCGUUACGUCGAGAACUUCAUCAGAUAUUUUUAUACCAAGAGUAUUGACAUCAACCUGUCUUCAGUGAAGUGUAUCCACAGAAUGGCUUCAGACUAUGGCGUGACUGCUAUCCGUGAUUACUGCGAUAAACUCUUCUACAAACUCCUACCCCAGGACCCGUCUUUCCAACACCAGCUGGAACUGUACAACUAUGCAGAGGCAGUCAAGGACCCCCUUCUGAAGGAGAUCUGCAUGGAGUUCUUUGCCUGGAACUGUGAGUUGUUGAUCCAAACUCCAACGUGGUUUGAACUCAGCGACGAUCAGCUCAACACCCUGCUGCUGAGGUCAGAUCUUGUCAUCUGGAAUGAGCUGACCCUGUUCAAAGCUGUGGAGAGCUGGAUUAUCAAUAAGAAGAAAACAGAGCUCACGCACGAACUGAUGGAUAAAAUUCGUUUCCAUAUGAUCUCACCCGAGGACCUCGCCAAGAUCCAGCUGCAGUCUUUACUUUAUGAAGAACACGACAGCUUCUUCCUGAAGAGAUUCCUGAAAGCCUUUGAGUUCCACUCUGUCUCCGUGGAACAGCUGAACGGAGAUAGACAUGUGUCCGACCUUGAGCUUGAGCCCCGAAUUUACACAUCCUCAGAGUGGAGCGCACCCCUCCAUGUCGACAGUAGUAGCUCGGUCCACAGCUCCUCAAAUUCUUUCUACAAUGGUUACCAGUACGUCCAUCAGGUCAGCUUCACCCAACCGUCCUCGCCCACCAUCUCCUUCCAGACCAGCCAGUACACCAGCUCAUUCUAUGCCACUGACAAGGUAGUUUGGACAGCAUAUUACCAUCUGAAUGCUCAAAGCUGCAAGAGCAGCAAUGUGCCAUGUCCCUACACCAUCUACCCCAUCGCCACACUGCAUGGGACUGGCCACAGCAAAGACAGCCACAUCCGCUACUACAACAAGGUCCUGCUUCUCUGUAGCAACCACUAUGUCUCCUACGUGCACGAUGUGAAGGAGAGCAGUGCGCUGAUGCCGUCCUUUAAGGGACAGGGCCUCUUCUUCUUCGGCUGUGAGUCUGGCCUUUUCUCCACUCUCAGGUUCAUUGUCAGACCUGUGUACAAGUGA